AUGGAGGUGCCUUUGCAGACAAAAAAAAAAGAGCUGGUGCCCAAUGGCAAACACUCAGAGGGGCUGCUCCCAGUCAUCACAAAAAAAAAAGGCAACCAGAGGUGAGAAAACCCCACAAGGAGCUGUAUUGAGGGCAAGAGCUUCCUACAGAAAAGUCCCAGCAAGGAGCCACACUUCACCGACUUCGAGGGGAAGACAUCAUUUGGGAUGUCAGUGUUCAACCUCAGAAAAAAAAAAAUGGGCAGCGGCAUCCUCGGACUCGCCUAUGCCAUGGCCAAUACGGGCAUUAUCCUUUUCCUGUUCCUGUUGACGGCUGUCGCCUUGCUCUCCAGCUACUCCAUCCACCUGCUACUCAAGUCCUCAGGGGUCGUGGGCAUCCGUGCCUAUGAGCAGCUGGGCUACCGUGCCUUUGGGACCCCAGGAAAGCUGGCAGCAGCCCUGGCCAUCACGCUCCAGAACAUCGGAGCCAUGUCCAGCUACCUGUACAUCAUCAAGUCUGAGCUGCCACUUAAAAAAAAAACCUUCCUGAACCUGGAGGAGAAAACCUCGUACAUGAAUGGGAACUACCUGGUGAUCCUUGUUUCUGUCAUCAUCAUUAAAAAAAAAACACUGAUGCGGCAGCUUGGCUACUCCAGCGGCUUCUCUCUUAGCUGCAUGGUGUUCUUCCUAAUUGCGGUCAUCUACAAAAAGUUCCACGUGCCCUGCCCACUGCCCCCAAAAAAAAAAAACACCACAGGCAACUUCAGCCACAUGGAGGUCGUGAAGGAGAAGGUGCAAAAAAAAAAAGAGCCUGAGGCUGCAGCCUUUUGCACUCCCAGUUACUUCACGCUCAACUCAAAAAAAAAAACAGCAUACACCAUCCCCAUCAUGGCCUUCGCCUUCGUCUGCAAAAAAAAAAUGCUGCCCAUCUAUACCGAGCUCAAGGACCCCUCCAAGAAGAAGAUGCAGCACAUCUCCAACCUGUCCAUCACUGUCAAAAAAAAAAUGUACUUCCUGGCUGCCCUCUUUGGCUACCUCACCUUCUAUGAUGGGGUGGAGUCAGAGCUGCUGCACAAAAAAAAAAAAGUGGACCCAUUUGACGUGCUGAUCCUGUGUGUGCGUGUAGCCGUGCUGAAAAAAAAAACGCUCACAGUGCCCAUCGUUCUGUUCCCGGUGAGCUGGUAGGCAGCCAUCCAGCAGAUGCUGUUUCCGAACCAGGAGUUCAGCUGGCUGCAAAAAAAAAAUAUUGCUGUUGGCCUGCUCACUUGUAUCAACCUGCUGGUCAUCUUUGCCCCCAACAUCCUGGGCAUCUUUGGGGUCAUCGGUGCCACAUCUGCCCCAUGCCUCAUCUUCAUCUUCCCUGCCAUCUUCUACUUCCGAAUCAAAAAAAAAAAGAAGGAGCCUGCGAGAUCCACCCCCAAAAUCCUGGCCCUAUGUUUUGCUGUGCUUGGCUUCUUGCUGAUGACCAUGAGCUUGAAAAAAAAAAUCAUUGACUGGGCCUCAGGGACCAGCCGGCACGGAGGAAACCACUAG